UCUUGCCAGAGUUUCGAUAUAGAGAUGAUGAUUUAUAGCAAAGGCUGCUUGUACAACCUCAGAGGAGUGUGAUCGAUCACUUUUUUUAACUGUAAAAGAGAAUCAAACAGGAUUUGGAGAAUGGGCAAAUAUAGAUGGAAGCUUCCGAUUCUGUGUAUCAUACUAUUUGUCUGUGUAAGGUAUUUUGUGUACCGACAAGCCGACCUAAACACAGAAGUUCCAGCCUCUCCUCAUGGAGGAAAAGCGGAAAUCGUAACGACUAUUAAUUAUUCCGCUCAAAUUUCAGACAAUUCAAAAAUAAUGCACAACGUAACAUUGAUUCGUGAAUUAAACGGACAGCAACCCAAAAUAAAUACAGUCGUUCCAGUUUUGCCGCAAGGAGGAAAGGUGGACAUCGUAUCGAAUAGCAAUUCUUCCGUUCACAGCUCUGACACGUCAAAAAUGAAGCAUAACGGAACGUUGAGUAUUGCAAUUAAAGGCCGCCUCGGAAAUCAGAUGUUUCAAUAUGCUUCAAUAAUUGGCCUAGCCGACAUGAUGAACUUCACACAGAUUGUCAUCGAUGGAGGUCAGGAUCUGUUGUCCUCAUUUCAACUCUCUGACAAAAGAGUAAAUUUUACUCGAAUAUCAACCAAGUGGAGAACUAUAAAUGAACUUCUAUGUUGUGCUUUUGACAAACGACUUACCCAGUACAAUAACACAGAGGAUGUCCACGUAAACGGAUACUUAGUAUCAACGACGUAUUUUCACAAUAUUGAGAAACGCAUUAAAAACGAAUUCAAAUUUGUGCCCCGAAUCUUGACAGAUGCAAAGAUAAUUAAAAAUGACAUUGCGAAACAGUUUUAUGUCACAGGAGUAAAUUACACAUAUAUCGGUGUACAUGUCCGAAGAGGUGAUUUCCUUAAGAAAUCGAAUAUCGAGGUCGGCCAUUUCACUGUAACAAAAUAAUUUAUUACUCGUGCAUUACAAAUGUGUACUAAAAUGUUUGGAAACGAUACCAUUUUCGUCUUUAGUUCGAAUGGUAUGGAUUGGGUUAAAUACAAUUUUAAUAAUGACACAAACUUGAAGAUCGCUUUCUUAGAGGGUAAUCCUGCCGCCGUGGAUAUGGCUGUUUUGAGUUUGUGUGACCAUAGUAUUGUCUCCACC